AUGUCCGAUCCCGAUGUCAGAAAGGAGACGACGAGGAUAUUGAGGAAUAAGUCGCAAGCAAAGGCCAUUGAGCAAGGGAAGUUGGUCGAGUCUACCAAUUCUCUUUCAGCCGAAGACUUUUUCGGCAAAUACGAGCCAUUGAUGUCAACAUUGGACGAUAACUUGGGCCUGCGACAAACACGGGGAGACGCCGUGACGGUACCGAGUCACUGGUUGGAAGAAUGUCUGAAGUUGAUCGAGCAGACCAGCGCCAAAGACUACCAGAACUCCGAGAUGAAAUGGUCAGCGACCAAGAAGAGAAAGGAGAUGAAGUUACCAGAUAUGAAAUACAUUAUCCUCAGCGAGAGCAAAGGAAGACGUGUCAUUGGCUUCAUUUCCUUCAUGAUCACUUAUGAAGAUGGGUACGAAGUGGUAUACAUCUACGAGAUCCAUUUCGUGCCCGAAUGGCAAGGCAAAGGACUGGGCCAAAAAUUGAUCAACUUCGUCGAGACGAUCGGUCAAAAUGUCGGCGUGACCAAAGUCAUGUUGACUGUGUUCAGAGCCAAUUAUCGAGCCAUUGCAUGGUAUACCCGAUUGGGUUAUCGAGAAGACGAGUUCUCUCCUGAACCGCGCCAGAUGCGGAACGGCACCAUCACACAACCGAGUUAUAUCAUUCUCUCGAAACGAUUGAAAGACUGA